GGUCCCCGCUCACAGGCCCACCUGCAGGGCCCCGUGCUCGAAAUAACGCCCAGCUGGUUGGCUUUUUUUUUUUUUUUUUUCUCUUUUUCUGGCUCUUGGUAAGUGGCGCAGUGAAUGUUGAAUCAAGCACUGCCUUUUCCGACCUACCCCUCCCCGCUUGCUUCCCUGCCCCCACUGUGUGAUCGAACUGCAAGCCCUUUCCCUUAAGAGUUGGAGCCUGUUUGUCCAACCUUGUGAUAAUUUUCUUGUGGUCCCUUAGACAUCUUCUCAAGAUUAUGCUAAGAGAAAUGACUACACCCUUUUCCUGAGCUAUGGCAGUCAGACCUGGCAGUGGUAACUACUCUACAGAACUCCCAAGCCUGGCAAGGAUGGUGCAGAUUCUGGCAGAUUAUGGCUUUGUCUCCACCCAGCAGUGAUGAUAUUAUGAAACCCUAUUCUACAAGAAAUGAUAAUGGAAGUUCUUCAACUGAGCAAGAAAUGAUAUUAGCAGAAAACUUGGAUCUUCAGGGGCAAAUGAAGAACAUCAGAAAUGCAACUUUCAUUGUUAGAGAGAGGAGAGAGAGAGAAGCCUUGUUGGUUGACGUCACUUGGUUCAUGAAGCCUUCGCCUAGAAGUGAAGCUGCUGAACAAACCUUGAGAAGAAUCAUCUCCUGCUUCAAUCUGCUGCUGGAUAGGAACUAAUCAGAGAGAGAGAGGCGGAAGACGGAGAAGGAGGGAGUCGAAGGCUUUCCCGAUCACAAAUCUCACCUCCACUACAACUCUCUUUAUACUUUUCUUGCGGAAAUAAUAAUAGAAAUAAGGAGGUGGUGGGGUUUCCAAAAAUCUUAACCUUCAACCAUCUGGGGAAAAGGCAAAAAUCCCAUCUACCGCAACUCUCAGUUCGAAAGUAAAGGUUUCCCAACAGUGAUGUCACAAGAUUGACCACAUUGAUCACAAUAUGGAGUCUGGAGAACGGUUACCAUCCUCAGCAGCCUCCUCUACUACACCAACUUCAUCUUCGACACCUUCUGUGGCUUCAGUAGUUUCAAAAGGUGGCCUUUCCCCUGGAGUUGCUUCACUUAGCUCUACAAUCAACCCAUGUGGACAUUUAUUCAGAACAGCUGGGGAUCAACCGUUUAACCUGUCCACAGUGUCGAGUGCCUUCCCAAUGGUCAGCCACCCAGUCUUUGGUCUACAUUCAGCCAGCUCAGGGCAUUCAGAAUUUGGUGGUUUGGGGACACUUGGUACACCCACAGCCUUAGCCGCACAUCCCCAACUAGCAUCUUUUCCAGGUGCAGAAUGGUGGCGAACAACUGAUACUCAUACUCGUACAGGAGCAACCUUCUUUCCACCAUUACUGGGAAUUCCACCACUAUUUGCUCCCCCAGCCCAGAAUCAUGAUUCUCCUUCAUUCCAUUCAAGGACUUCAGGAAAAAGUAAUCGAAAUGGUCCCGAAAAAGGUGUAAAUGGGUCAAUAAAUGGAAGUAAUACAUCAUCUGUAAUUGGUAUCAACACAUCUGUACUAUCCACUACUGCUUCAAGUUCCAUGGGACAAACUAAAAGUACAAGCUCAGGUGGAGGAAAUCGAAAAUGUAAUCAGGAACAAAGCAAAAACCAGCCUUUGGAUGCUAGAGUUGACAAAAUCAAAGAUAAGAAACCAAGGAAGAAAGCAAUGGAAAGUUCUAGCAACAGUGAUAGUGAUUCAGGCACAUCAUCAGACACCUCAAGUGAAGGCAUUAGUAGUAGUGAUUCAGAUGAUCUAGAAGAAGAUGAAGAAGAAGAGCAAAGUAUUGAAGAAAGUGAAGAUGAUGAUUCUGAUUCAGAGAGUGAAGCACAACACAAAAGUAACAACCAGGUGCUAUUACAUGGUAUUUCAGACCCAAAAGCAGAUGGACAGAAAGCAACUGAAAAAGCCCAGGAAAAAAGAAUACACCAGCCAUUACCUCUUGCGUCUGAAUCCCAGACUCACUCAUUCCAAUCCCAGCAGAAGCAGCCUCAGGUUUUGUCACAGCAGCUUCCAUUUAUUUUCCAAAGCUCUCAGGCAAAGGAGGAAUCUGUGAACAAACACACCAGUGUAAUACAGUCUACGGGAUUGGUGUCCAAUGUGAAACCUUUAUCUUUGGUAAAUCAAGCCAAAAAGGAAACUUACAUGAAACUCAUAGUUCCUUCUCCUGAUGUUCUUAAAGCAGGGAAUAAAAAUACCUCUGAAGAAUCUAGUUCAUUGACCAGUGAAUUGAAAUCCAAACGGGAACAAUAUAAACAGGCAUUCCCAUCACAGUUAAAGAAACAAGAGUCAUCUAAGAGCCUGAAGAAGGUUAUUGCAGCUUUGUCAAAUCCAAAAGCAACCUCUAGUUCACCAGCACAUCCAAAACAAACAUUAGAAAACAACCACCCAAAUCCAUUCUUGACAAAUGCACUUUUAGGUAAUCACCAACCAAAUGGAGUUAUUCAAAGUGUCAUUCAAGAAGCUCCUCUAGCACUUACUACCAAAACUAAAAUGCAGAGCAAGAUUAAUGAAAACAUUGCUGCUGCAAGUAGCACCCCUUUUUCCUCACCUGUAAAUUUGUGUACAAGUGGGAGAAGAACCCCUGGCAAUCAGACACCUGUAAUGCCCUCUGCCUCUCCCAUCCUGCAUAGUCAAGGGAAGGAAAAAGCAGUUAGCAAUAAUGUAAACCCAGUAAAAACACAGCAUCACUCCCAUCCUGCAAAAUCUUUAGUGGAACAAUUCAGAGGAACAGAUUCAGACAUUCCCAGUAGUAAAGAUUCUGAAGAUUCAAAUGAGGAUGAAGAGGAAGAUGAUGAGGAAGAAGAUGAGGAAGAUGAUGAAGAUGAUGAAUCUGAUGACAGCCAAUCAGAAUCAGAUAGUAAUUCAGAAUCAGAUACAGAAGGAUCAGAAGAAGAAGAUGAUGAUGAUAAAGACCAAGAUGAAUCAGAUAGUGAUACUGAAGGAGAGAAAACUUCAAUGAAACUGAAUAAAACAACUUCCUCUGUCAAAAGCCCUUCCAUGAGUCUCACAGCUCACUCAACACCUCGUAACCUCCACAUAGCAAAAGCCCCAGGCUCUGCUCCUGCUGCCUUAUGUUCUGAAUCCCAGUCACCUGCUUUUCUUGGUACAUCUUCUUCCACACUUACUUCAAGCCCACACUCUGGCACUUCCAAAAGAAGAAGAGUAACAGAUGAACGUGAACUGCGUAUUCCAUUGGAAUAUGGCUGGCAGAGAGAGACAAGAAUAAGAAACUUUGGAGGGCGCCUUCAAGGAGAAGUAGCAUAUUAUGCUCCAUGUGGAAAGAAACUUAGGCAGUACCCUGAAGUAAUAAAGUAUCUCAGCAGAAAUGGAAUAAUGGAUAUCUCAAGGGACAAUUUCAGCUUCAGUGCAAAAAUAAGAGUGGGUGACUUCUAUGAAGCCAGAGAUGGACCGCAGGGAAUGCAGUGGUGUCUUUUGAAAGAAGAGGAUGUCAUUCCUCGUAUCAGGGCAAUGGAAGGUCGUAGAGGAAGACCACCAAAUCCAGAUAGACAACGAGCAAGAGAGGAAUCCAGGAUGAGACGUCGGAAAGGUCGACCUCCAAAUGUUGGCAAUGCUGAAUUCCUAGAUAAUGCAGAUGCAAAGUUGCUAAGAAAAUUGCAAGCUCAAGAAAUAGCCAGGCAAGCAGCACAAAUAAAGCUUUUGAGAAAACUUCAAAAGCAGGAACAGGCUCGGGUUGCUAAAGAAGCCAAAAAACAACAAGCAAUAAUGGCUGCUGAGGAGAAGCGGAAGCAAAAAGAACAGAUAAAGAUUAUGAAACAGCAGGAAAAAAUUAAGAGAAUACAGCAAAUCAGAAUGGAAAAAGAACUUCGAGCUCAGCAAAUUCUAGAGGCUAAAAAGAAAAAGAAGGAAGAAGCGGCAAAUGCCAAAUUAUUGGAGGCCGAGAAACGAAUAAAGGAAAAAGAAAUGAGAAGACAACAAGCUGUUCUUCUGAAACAUCAGGAGUUGGAGAGGCAUAGACUAGAUAUGGUAUGGGAACGAGAGCGAAGGCGACAACACAUGAUGCUUAUGAAAGCUAUGGAAGCUCGUAAAAAAGCAGAAGAAAAGGAACGGUUGAAGCAAGAAAAACGUGAUGAGAAAAGAUUAAAUAAAGAGCGUAAACUAGAGCAGCGAAGAUUAGAAUUAGAAAUGGCAAAGGAACUAAAGAAGCCUAAUGAAGACAUGUGCUUAGCAGACCAAAAGCCUUUGCCAGAGUUGCCUCGUAUUCCAGGACUUGUUCUCUCUGGAAGUACAUUUUCAGACUGUCUCAUGGUGGUGCAGUUCUUACGAAACUUUGGUAAAGUUUUGGGCUUUGAUGUGAAUAUUGAUGUUCCAAACCUGAGUGUUCUUCAAGAGGGAUUGCUAAAUAUAGGGGACAGCAUGGGUGAAGUACAAGACUUGCUUGUGAGGCUCCUCUCAGCUGCUGUAUGUGAUCCAGGUCUAAUAACAGGAUACAAGGCCAAAACAGCUCUUGGAGAACAUUUGCUGAACGUUGGUGUGAAUCGAGACAAUGUUUCCGAGAUUUUACAGAUAUUUAUGGAAGCCCACUGCGGACAAACUGAGCUUACUGAAAGUCUGAAGACCAAAGCUUUUCAGGCUCACACUCCAGCACAGAAAGCUUCAGUCCUGGCUUUCCUGAUCAAUGAACUGGCGUGCAGCAAGAGUGUGGUCAGUGAAAUCGACAAGAACAUUGAUUAUAUGUCAAACUUGAGGAGAGAUAAAUGGGUGGUAGAAGGUAAACUCCGCAAGCUCAGAAUCAUUCAUGCUAAGAAAACAGGCAAAAGAGACACUUCAGGUGGCAUUGAUCUUGGAGAAGAGCAACAUCCCUUGGGCACAGCCACUCCAGGACGCAAGCGAAGAAGGAAGGGAGGAGACAGUGAUUAUGACGAUGAUGAUGACGAUGACAGUGAUGACCAAGGGGAUGAAGAUGAUGAGGAUGAAGAAGAUAAAGAAGACAAAAAAGGAAAAAAGGCUGAUAUCUGUGAAGAUGAGGAUGAAGGUGACCAAGCAGCAAGUGUUGAAGAGCUGGAAAAACAGAUUGAAAAACUGAGUAAACAACAGAGUCAGUACAGAAGGAAGCUCUUUGAUGCCUCUCACUCAUUGCGUUCAGUGAUGUUUGGCCAGGAUCGUUACAGACGCCGGUAUUGGAUUCUUCCCCAAUGUGGGGGGAUUUUUGUAGAAGGCAUGGAGAGUGGUGAAGGACUAGAAGAAAUUGCAAAAGAAAGAGAAAAACUAAAAAAGGCAGAAAGUGUCCAGAUCAAAGAAGAAAUGUUUGAGACUUCUGGGGACAGUUUAAAUUGUUCAAAUACAGAUCACUGUGAACAAAAGGAAGAUCUUAAAGAAAAAGAUAACACAAAUCUAUUCCUUCAGAAACCUGGCUCUUUUUCCAAAUUAAGCAAGCUUUUGGAAGUAGCUAAGAUGCCUCCUGAGUCAGAGGUUAUGACCCCCAAACCAAAUGCUGGUGCAAAUGGGUGCAUGUUGUCUUAUCAGAACAGUGGAAAACAUUCACUGGGCAGCAUUCAGUCAACAGCAACGCAAAGCAAUGUGGAAAAGGCAGAUUCUAAUAAUCUGUUUAAUACUGGUUCAAGUGGUCCAGGGAAGUUCUACAGUCCUCUCCCCAAUGACCAGUUACUAAAAACGCUGACCGAAAAGAAUAGACAAUGGUUUAGUCUUUUGCCACGAACACCUUGCGAUGACACUUCACUUACUCAUGCCAAUAUGUCAACUGCUUCUUUGGUGACUCCUCAGUCUCAGCCACCAUCUAAGUCACCUUCACCUGCCCCAGCUCCUCUUGGAUCUUCUGCUCAGAAUCCUGUUGGCUUAAAUCCAUUUGCUUUAUCACCUCUUCAGGUGAAAAGUGGAGCAUCUAUGAUGGGACUUCAGUUUUGUGGGUGGCCCACUGGUGUGCUUACUUCUAAUAUUCCAUUUACAUCAUCUGUACCUAGUCUAGGAUCAGGGUUAGGGUUAUCAGAAGGAAAUGGUAAUUCAUUCUUGACUUCCAAUGUUGCUUCAAGUAAAAGUGAAUCUCCAGUACCCCAGAAUGAAAAGGCCACCUCAGCUCAACCUGCAGCUGUUGAAGUAGCAAAACCAGUAGAUUUUCCUAGUCCAAAACCUAUUCCAGAAGAAAUGCAGUUUGGUUGGUGGAGAAUUAUUGACCCAGAGGACCUAAAAGCUUUGCUCAAAGUGCUGCAUCUCAGAGGAAUAAGAGAAAAGGCAUUACAAAAACAAAUUCAGAAACAUUUGGAUUAUAUUACUCAAGCCUGCCUCAAGAAUAAGGAUGUUGCUAUUAUUGAACUGAGUGAAAAUGAAGAAAACCAAGUAACUCGAGACAUUGUGGAGAACUGGUCAGUGGAAGAACAAGCAAUGGAAAUGGAUUUGAGUGUCCUUCAGCAGGUAGAAGAUCUAGAAAGGAGAGUUGCAUCAGCAAGUUUGCAAGUGAAGGGUUGGAUGUGUCCAGAGCCUGCAUCAGAAAGGGAGGACUUGGUAUAUUUUGAACAUAAGUCAUUUACUAAAUUGUGCAAGGAGCAUGAUGGAGAAUUUACUGGCGAAGACGAAAGCAGUGCACAUGCACUAGAACGGAAGAGUGACAACCCCCUAGAUAUAGCUGUAACCAGGCUGGCUGAUUUGGAGCGGAACAUUGAAAGAAGGUAUCUGAAGAGCCCCUUAAGUACCACCAUUCAGAUCAAACUGGAUAAUGUGGGCACAGUUACUGUCCCUGCUCCUGCACCAUCCGUUAGUGGUGAUGGUGACGGAAUUGAAGAGGAUAUUGCUCCAGGGCUCAGGGUAUGGAGAAGGGCAUUAUCAGAAGCUCGCAGUGCUGCACAGGUAGCUCUGUGCAUUCAGCAAUUACAGAAAUCAAUAGCAUGGGAAAAAUCAAUUAUGAAAGUUUACUGCCAAAUCUGUCGAAAGGGAGAUAAUGAAGAACUGCUUCUUCUUUGUGAUGGCUGUGACAAAGGCUGUCAUACCUACUGCCAUAGACCCAAGAUUACAACAAUCCCAGAUGGAGACUGGUUUUGUCCAGCUUGCAUUGCUAAGGCAAGUGGUCAAACUCUAAAAAUCAAAAAACUUCAUGUCAAAGGAAAAAAGACUAAUGAGUCAAAGAAAGGCAAGAAGGUAACUUUAACAGGAGAUACUGAAGAUGAAGACUCUGCAUCUACAAGUAGUUCACUAAAAAGAGGAAACAAAGACCUCAAGAAAAGAAAAAUGGAGGAAAACACUUCUAUUAACUUGUCAAAACAAGAAAGUUUUACUUCAGUUAAGAAACCUAAAAGAGAUGACUCCAAGGACCUAGCUCUUUGCAGUAUGAUUCUGACUGAAAUGGAAACUCAUGAGGAUGCAUGGCCUUUUCUACUUCCUGUAAACUUGAAACUUGUUCCUGGUUAUAAGAAAGUUAUUAAGAAGCCUAUGGAUUUUUCCACAAUUAGAGAGAAACUAAGUAGUGGACAGUAUCCAAACCUUGAAACCUUUGCUCUAGAUGUCAGGCUUGUUUUUGACAACUGUGAAACAUUUAAUGAAGAUGAUUCUGAUAUAGGCAGAGCUGGCCACAAUAUGAGGAAGUAUUUUGAAAAAAAGUGGACAGAUACUUUCAAAAGACCUAAAGGAGGAACAGUGUGUAGAGUGUGGUUCAUAGACCACUGGGCUGGGUGGAAGAGGGUGAGUUUAAGUCAGGUGGCCCAACUUCUGUAGCCUGUAAGCCUCACUGGUCUGUAAACUUCUCUGGACCUGGUCUUCUUUCUUAUUUCUCAUUUUCAAGAUGAAAAUAUUAGAAUACAUUAGAUCUUGUUCUGGUCUGAAAAAUGCCUCUAUGGGUAGCCAAAUAACUCAAUUGUCAAGAAGAAAAACAGAUACAUAAAUUAGUCUAAUAAGACAUGUAUUUCUCCAAGAAUUCAAGAAAUACAAUUUGCUGUCCUGCUGGGCUCCGCCAGACUCUGGAGAAUCACUGGCGUACAAGACAGGCCUUGCCUUCAUGGAGCUUAUAGCACCUUGAAAUGGGCCUUAGAUAAUGUCCACUGCUUUUUAUCAUGAAGAGAGAAUAGAAAUGUUUUGAAAAAAAAUUUUUAACUUCACAAAGCUUCAGAGCUACAGAGUAUUUUCAGUAUCUCUAGAUUGUUUGUGAAGACUUAUAUGAAAAGCAGCUGUUAUUAUGUAAAUAUGUCAGUUUCUGUUAACCAGAUAUUGCAGUGAUGCCUUAAAGGGGCUGAUGCUUAAACAAAAAUGCCUCGUAGAGCAGGGAAGAAGGCAGCACGUGAAUAAAAGCGUCUGGUUUUUGUGUUUCUAGAACUGCCUGAUGCUCCAUGGGGAUUCUUCAUGAUGAUUUUUUUUUUGCCUUAGAGAUUAUAUAUGCUUGUGUUAAUUUAUAUUAGAUGGUAUAUAAGGGGCUUGAUAAUAACAUGUCUGGUGCCUGAGGGGCUCAUAAAUAAGAAAGUACUUAAACAUACACACGAAAUUUUUUGAGAGUGAUAAUUUUAAAAAUAAAUAGGAAAAAAAGGAAGGCUUGGUAAACACUGUCUACUUUGGACUGGUGUCUUCAUUGUUGUUACUCAGCAGAGGUAGCUGUUAAACACUGAGUGGGCGUGACCCCACAAGGGCUGCGGUUGGAGCAGGUGACAGUGGUUACUAUACAUACGUGGAUCACGUGUUAUGUGAUUCAUGCACUCCCAGUGCCCUAGGUUGGGUUUAUUCUCAAUAAAACCAAUAUCGUUGUUCUCCUCAAAUUAAAAAAAAAAAAUUACCCUCUCUGCUGUCACAUAAUUGCAAAUAUAUACAACAUAUUUUCCUUAAGAUAAAUUAGGCUUUCACCUGAACCUUCUUCAUUUUAGUCCUAAAAUCUGUAAAUUAUUAAGAAACUGGCCUACUUUCAAGUUUAGAUUUAGAUUAUCACUCAAGUGGUGACCAACCAAGGAUAACCAAACAAUCCACUACUGUUGAACACAGAAAAUAAUUAUCAAUUCGAAACAGUAUGUAGACAGUAAAUUAAUAUUUGAGUUGUUAACCACAGUGAAAAUCAAACAGGUGAGGAUGUGUCUAUAGGUACACCUAAAACCCAAAAGAAGUAAAUUAACCAUAAAUGCAAGGUGAUCUUUUUCGUGUUCCAACUCGAAAAUAAAAUUUGUCACAAGCACCAGUUUUAAUCUGAAUUAUGAAAGAUCUAAUCUGUCUUUAGUACCUUAAUGCACUCCUCCAUGCUCCUUCUCUUUUCCAGCCCCUCAAUCCCCAUAUUCUUUAAGGAAAUUCAAAAUUCUGUUCCUUUAGCUUUCUCCCGUUAAACACAUCCUCAACAAGGAAAUCUGCUAUCAGACAUUUACUCCUAAUUGUACAUUUAAUUUAUGAGCUUCCUCUUUCAAGGUUAUUUGCAUUUCAAAUAUCUCCAUUUGAGAAAUGAAAGAGGUUUGUGUCUUACUAAAAGAAUUUUAUUUCAACAAGGAGAAUAAAGGAGGCAUUUUAUUUUAUUUUAUAGAGAUGGAGUAUUGCUUGGUCGCCCAGGCUGGAGUGCAGUGGUAUGAUCACAGCUCACUGCAACCUCCACCUCCCGGGUUCAAGUGAUUCUUGUGCCUCAGCCUCCUGAGUAAUUGGGACUACAGGCACGUGCCACCACACCUGGCUGAUUUCUAUAUUUUCAGUAGAGAUGGGGGUUUCACCAUAUUGGCCAGGCUGUUCUCAAACUCAGAUGAUCUGCCUGCCUCAGCCUCCCAAAGUGCUGGAUUACAGACAUAAGCCACUAAAAUGUUUUCUUUCUUUUUUUUUUUUUUUGAGAUGGAGUCUCGCUCUGUCACCCAGGCUGGAGUGCAGUGGUGCAAUCUCGGCUCACUGCAAGCUCCACCUCCUGGGUUCACGCCAUUCUCCUGCCUCAGCCUCCUGAGUAGCUGGGACUACAUGCGUCCUCCACCAUGCCCGGCUAAUUUUUGUAUUUUUAGUAGAGACGGGAUUUCACCAUGUUAGCCAGGAUGGUCUCGAUCUCCUGACCUCGUGAUCCACCCCCGCGGCCUCCCAAAGUGCUGGGAUUACAGGCGUGAGCCACUGCACCUGGCUGAGCCCUAAAAUUUUCUUUCCACAGGGAUGUGACUUUAAAAAAUAGGGAAAUGAAUAGAAUCUUAUCUGCUAGGAAUCUUGCUUCAACAAGAUCUCUUAGACUUGCUUUGGCCACAUUACAACUCUACCAAAAAAAGGAAUUUUUUUUAAACCUCAAAUAAUUGAGGUAAUUAAUUCCUUUCUUCAAUUCAUGGCACACUCUUUACAUUAUUCUUGCAAAGCCCCUCUGUGUUACUUUUUUUGUUUUAUUCUUCAGUUCAUCUCCACUUUCCCCCAUAUACAACCACUUAAAAUACGCCUUUCCAGUCGACCACUUAUGUAUUUAUUUAGCAAUAUGUUUCUUUAUAUAAUAUGAAAAAUACAUAUGUACACACAGUGGUUUUUAGACAUAUCAGUUGCAUUAUGCUAUAAAUCUUAUUGUUUUUAAAUUCUGUUUUUGUUUCUUUUGAGUUGAAAAAAUGUGUAACUCUAGUUCAUUGGUUUUGAUUGCUGUAAGGUAUUCCAUCAGAGGCAUACACAACAUUUUACUUACAAAUUUCUCUAGAAAUGAAAACCUAGGUUUCCUGCAACUCAUUGUCACUGCAAAUAAUACUGCAGUAAUUUUUUAAAUAUAUGGACUUGUGUAUGGAAUCCAGUUUCCAAGGUAUCCCCAAGUGACCCUUGCCUUCUAGUAUUCAUGCCCAUGUAUAAUCCCUUUCCUCAUUGUGUCGGGGUUAAUCUUUGUGACCAACGUAAUAUGGCAUAGUGAUAGCUUUGUGAAUUCCCAGACUAAGCCAUAAAAUAACACUGCUGCUUCCGCCUUGUUCUCUUGGAUUACUUGUUCUCUUGGUUACUUGUUCUCUUGGAUUACUUGUUCUCUUGGUUACUUGUUCUCUUGGCUUACUUGUUCUGGGCAAAACCAGCCACUAUGUUAUGAGGAUGCUUUAGCAGCCCUGCCCUAUGGAGCAGCCAAUAGCUACCACCAACUUACCAGCCCUGUGACUGAGGCAUCUUAGAAGUGGAUCCUUCAGCCCAAGUUAAACAUUCAGAUGACCGGAGCCCCAGCCAACAUCUCGAUUGAAACUUCACAAGCAACCCUGAGCCAGAACUACCCAACUAAGCCACUCCUGACUUCUUGACCCACAGAAACUAUGAGAUAAUAAAUGUUUAUUGUUGGUUUAAACCA